GCUGUGUAGAGAGAGAGGGAGGGCUGUCCUCCAUGUUUUAGUAAGCAUUGACAUUACCCACUGUUUUAAGCCAUGCAUCCACAGAGAAAUACAGGAUUUUCUGGGAGACAGGGGACAAAAACCUGUCCCAACACCAAAGAGCUGGAUCCUGGCAGGCAGAGGCAACUCAGAAAUCACACUCACACUGUGUUUUAGUCACCAGGCUCGCAUGGCUGACCUGUGCUAACACUGUGACCAAACUGGCCUCUUCUGGUCUCUCUCCUAGUCAAGUUUCUCUAGAGCUGUUUGGCUGAAGGAGGGAAGGAGUCAGAUGCAAUUGAAAGGAUGGAAAUCGCAACACGAUCCAAGGUCUCUGAUCAAGGGUCAGCAGAGAGGACCGUCCCUAAGCGCAAGGUUUCCAGCCCCCCUCACUCCUCAAACGGACACUCACCAUCGGAAUCCUCCUCCACUCCUGUCAAAAAGAAGAAGAAACCAGGAGCCGUCAAUAACAGUAAAGACCAGUCAGAACUAAGACAUGGUCCCUUUUACUAUGUGAAGCAGCCCGCACUCACCACAGACCCUGUUGAUGUUGUACCGCAGGACGGGCGGAAUGACUUCUACUGCUGGGUGUGUCACCGCGAGGGCCAAGUGCUCUGCUGUGAGCUCUGCCCGCGCGUCUACCACGCUAAGUGCCUCAAACUGGCUGCAGAGCCCGAGGGAGACUGGUUCUGCCCUGAAUGUGAGAAAAUAACAGUUGCAGAGUGCAUAGAGACUCAGAGUAAAGCUAUGACGAUGCUCACAUUGGAUCAGCUGUCUUUCCUGCUGAAGUUUGCUCUCCAGAAGAUGAAGCAGCCUGGUACGGAGCCAUUUCAGAAGCCGGUGUUGUUGGAACAGCAUCCUGAUUAUGCAGAAUAUAUAUUUCAUCCCAUGGAUCUCUGUACUUUAGAAAAGAAUAUUAAAAAGAAAAUGUACGGCUCCACUGAGGCUUUCCUGGCUGAUGUGAAGUGGAUUUUGCACAACUGUAUCAUUUAUAAUGGAGGCAACCAUAAACUUACAGCAACAGCUAAGGUCAUUGUAAAGAUCUGUGAACAUGAAAUGAAUGAGAUCGAGGUCUGUCCAGAGUGCUAUCUCUCUGCAUGCCAGAAAAGGGAUAACUGGUUUUGUGAACCAUGUAGCAACCCCCACCCUCUGGUCUGGGCCAAGCUGAAGGGAUUCCCAUUUUGGCCUGCCAAAGCUCUUCGAGACAAAGAUGGACAAGUGGAUGCACGGUUCUUUGGGCAGCACGACAGGGCCUGGGUUCCUAUUAACAACUGCUACCUCAUGUCCAAAGAGAUCCCCUUCUCUGUGAAGAAGACCAAGAGCAUCUUCAACAGUGCCAUGCAGGAGAUGGAAGUGUACGUAGAGAACAUCCGGAAAAAAAUUGGAGUCUUCAAUUACGCUCCAUUCCGCACACCCUACACACCAGACAACCAGUUCCAGAUGCUCCUGGACCCGGCAAACCCUAGCGCGGGCUCCGUCAAACCAGAAAAACAUGAGAAGAUCAAGUUCAGCUUUGAUGUAACGGCAUCUCCAAAGUUGCUUAUGGGUAAGAGCAUGGUGUCCAGUGGAAACGUUGGGGGUGGGACAGGAAGGCGAAUCUCAAUGACGGACAUGCCUCGUUCACCAAUGAGCACUAACUCCUCUGCCCAUACGGGAUCUGAUGGAGAACAGGAGACUGCAGAGAAAGGUCAUGCUAGAGCGGCCCUGCCACAUUUCAGCACUGGAGAGGAGUCAGUGGACUGCACUGCAUCGCCUGCCCCUCCUAGAGCAGGUCUCACAGGAAACAGCUUAGAGAGCCCUAAACCUUUCCAUUCACCGGCUCCCAGCACCCCUGUUAAACAGGAGAAGACCCCCACUACCGGCAGCAUCCUCAACCUCAACCUCGAUCGUAGUAAGGCAGAGAUGGACCUGAAGGAGCUGAGUGAAAGUGUCCAGCAACAACAGCAGCAUGGGGCUCAGCCCUCCCUCACCUCCCCUAAGAGACAGAUCAGAAGCCGUUUCCAACUUAACCUGGAUAAGACCAUAGAGAGCUGCAAAGCACAGCUGGGUAUAGAUGAAAUAUCUGAGGAUGUGUAUAAAGGCGUUGAGCACAGCGAUACAGAGGAAUCCGACAAGUCUGUCUCCAGCGAUAGUGAAUAUGCUAGCGACGAUGAACAGAAAUCUAAGAGCGGCCAAGAUGACAAAACCGUAGCUGAUGAUAAAAAUGAGAAAGAGCCACCCAAGAAAAAGUCAAAACCAUCGGCGGCUGCUGGUGAAGGCAAAGACAGCAGUGCAGAGUCUGCUGUUACAGCCAGUACAACAACCAAAGGAGAAACCAGCCAAAAAACAAGCACCUCCGAGCAUAUAACUAAAGACAAACCAGGUAUGGAUUCAGAGAAAGAACCUCCUGAGAAACUGAAAGCUGCUCCCGCAUCCCCAGAUUCCAGAGAGAAACCCAAGGGCUCUGAGGAGGCCAUGCAGCCGGCAUCUGUGGAUGAAGACAUGGACUCGGACUCUGAGAGGGAGCUGGUCAUUGACCUGGGAGAAGAGCAGGCAGGGAAGAAGAGGAAGAGGAACAGGAAAGAUUCAGCCGCUGUCACCGCACUCAAAGAGCCCACAGCCUCCAAACCUGAAGGUAAAGCCACUCCCAUUUCAAGCGGUGUCACCCAGCCUCAGAACUCAACAGUCCUUUCCUCCUCCCCAACUAUUAAAGACCCAUCUCAAUCCCCGAUGGCCGUCCCGCUUAACAUAAUACCAUUCACAGCAGCUCCGACCAACACAACUUUGACCUCCUCGACCCUCCCCAUCACCACUCCCUCCACCGCCAACAGUUCCUCACCCAUCUCCACCAGCACAGUAAAGAAACAGAGACCUUUACUGCCCAGAGAGACCGUACCUGUGGUGCAGCAGGCCGUCGUGUGGAACCCCACUACCAAGUUUCAGACGUCCUCUCAAAAGUGGCACAUGCAAAAGGUGCAUAGGCAGCAGCAGCAGGGCCAAACGCAACCGGCCACACAAGCACAGGUGUUAACGCAGGUGCAGCGCAGCCAACAGCCGCAGCAGCAAGCGCAGGUCUCCUCAUCCUCGUCGGGACAGCAGCCUUCAUCCAGCACCAGAUACCAAACACGACAGGCUGUGAAAACAGUGCAACAGAAAGACUCGACACACACCACGUCCACCUCUGCCGUCACCCUGGUGACCAGCACACCGGUAUCAGCCACCAUAAUAGCAGGACCCACCGUCAGCUCUUCCUCUUCAUCAUCAACAUCCACAACUGGAGACUUCCAGAUCCCCACCACGUCUGCAGAUGUAGCAGCUGAUAUAGCAAAGUACACUAAUAAAAUCAUGGAUGCAGUUAAAGGGACGAUGACUGAGAUAUAUAAUGACCUUUCCAAAGGCACAUCGGGAAACACAAUAACAGAGAUAAGACGGUUGCGAAUUGAAAUUGAAAAACUGCAGUGGCUACAUCAACAAGAAUUAUCAGAGAUGAAGCACAAUUUAGAGCUAACCAUGGCAGAGAUGAGGCAGAGUCUCGAACAGGAGCGAGAGCGGAUCGUGACGGAGGUCAAGAAGCAGAUGGAGGUGGAGAAACAGCAGGCCAUAGAUGAAACAAAAAAAAAGCAGUGGUGUGCAAACUGCAGAAAGGAGGCCAUUUUCUACUGCUGUUGGAACACCAGCUACUGUGACUAUCCCUGCCAACAAGCACACUGGCCUGAGCACAUGAAGUCAUGCACACAGUCUGGUAAGACAUAGUAUCCGACUCAGAAC